AUGUACUGCCUCAUGAUUCAAGCCAAACAACUUGAAUUCUCGGAGAAUUGCUCACAAGAAGAAGUGGCAGACGAGCUGUUCGAUGAGAUAGUCCAGCAAGCGGAAAAGGACUCUGAACACUACGUAAGAGUCUGCUACUGUGUAGCCCUGCGAUAUGCUUUGUGUGGCCCACGCUACAUGGGUAAAGCAAAACGGUUCUUGAAUGCCGCCGAGCAAGCGGACAGAGACCGCCUCCCCAUUUUUGAUGACAAUGAUGUUUCAUCCUUGCGAACCUUUGCCAAGGAUCUGAUUGGCAAGUACGAACCAUGUGGCAAUCCCGACUGCGCCGAUCAUGCUCUGUGGGACUGCGAUUGUUGUUUUCAAGUGAGUUAUUGCAGUAAAGAGUGCCAGAGAAAGCACUGGGAUCAGCACCAUCAGAGUUGCAAUUUUGCACCCUGCAAACGCACGAAAAAGCCCCACCACCUCGCCGGAAGGGUGGGAGUUGGUGGAUUGAUAUUUGCAUACCUGGUGUCAUCAUUCACGCUGAACAAGCAAAGAGAAUCUGCCAGGAGGACGACAGAAGAGCAAACAAACGUACGACAUCGAAAAACACUAAAAGUAGUCUAG